AUGGUGCGAUUCCUGCUUGAAAAUGGAGUGGUCACCGAGACACAGCCGCCAGAUUCGUCAUACCUGACUUGGGCCGCUCACCAGCGCGACCCGGAGAUAGUGAAACUGCUACUUGCACAUAGAGCGAAUCUCUUGACCGAGGAACCGCCCGGCAUCGAUGUCCUCCCAUUGGUGAAUGCUGUCACUUUUGAAAACUACCCAGUGGCUCGGCUCCUCCGUGGAUCCAUCUAUCUGGAGGAGAUUAUGAAAUUGAGAGGCUAG